AUGUGUGAGACACCGAGGACGCGUUACGCCGACUGUAACGGAUCGGAGACGAGCGAGGACAGAGAGAUCUUGGUAAACAUAGGUGGUGUCAAACAAGUUCUCUAUGUUGAUGUGUUGAACCGCUACCCCCGGACGCGCUUGGCUGAGCUGGCCAACUGUUCUGUGGAUAAUGCGAAUGACCUGUUGGAACUUUGCGACGACUAUGAUGUGCGGAAAGGUGAAUUUUACUUCGACAGAGACCCGGACUCUUUCAAAUGCAUCACAGAGUUAUAUUACUAUGGGGAAGUCCACAUGAAAAAGGGAAUAUGCCCUAUGUGUUUUAAGAAAGAAAUGGACUUCUGGGGAGUUGAUGUGCACUUCCUUGAUGAAUGCUGUAAAGGCAGUCUGAAUGAAGUGGAGGAAGAGCUGGCACAAAUAGCUGAGAAGGUGCAUGAGAUUCUGUACAAUGUCGAGGGAACUACACCAGCCAGUGUGAGCAAGCGCUGCCGGCUGUUCCUGUGGAAGCUCAUGGAAAAGCCUGAAUCCUCCUUGUUAGCACGUGCGAUGGCCAUCCUGUCCUUCCUCUUCAUCCUCCUCUCCUCCGUGGUCAUGUGUAUGAGCACCAUUCCUGAGCUGCAUGUUCACGACGCAGGGGGCAACGAGGUGGAGAAUCCGACCCUGGAGUCCCUUGAGACGGCGUGCAUCAUCUGGUUCACUAUCGAGUACGUGCUGCGCCUGGUCUCGGCACCCAACAAGGUGCGCUUUGCCUUCUCCUUCAUGAACAUGGUGGACUUCCUCGCCAUCAUGCCCUUCUAUGCUGUGCUUGCGCUGACGCACCUUGGCACGGCCGUGACAGAGCUGGCCAGUGUGCAGCAUGUUGUGCAGGCGCUGCAUGCCAUGCACUUAGCGCGCAUAUUCAAGCUAGCACGCCACUCCUCAGGCCUGCAGAUGCUGAUGUAUGCACUGAAGAGCAGCCUGAAGGAGCUGAGUCACCUGCUCAUAUACAUAGGCAUGGGCAUCUUCCUGUUCUCUGCGCUGGGCUACGGCGCAGAGAAGAACCACCCAGACACCUUGUUCACCAGCUUCUCCCAGUCCUUUUGGUGGGCAAUCAUCACCAUGACCUCAGUGGGCUACGGCGACGUUUACCCCAAGACUACCCUGGGUAGGUGCAACACUGCCAUCAGCUUCUUAUGUGGCAUCAUAGCCAUUCUACUGCCCAUCCACCUCAUCAUGAACAAGUUUGUGAUCUUGUACGGCAAGCAGCGCAUGCUCGAGACCAUUGCCAAGCAUGAGAUUGAACUGCUGGCACUGAAAUCAAAGGAGGACCAGGUGUCAAAUCAUCGGAGGACCAGGCAGCCGAGUAGCUCUGCCACCUCAGUGUGGGAAGGUGCCAUUUGGGUUUCGCAGAGUGAUACCUACAUUCCACUGCUCCAGGACGAGUGCCGAGGAACACGCAUUCCAAAAUUCAACCAUAACUAA